GCCUGGCCGUCGAACUGAUGGCUUUGUUGAUGCAGGCUUUCCAGGAGCUGACCAUCGAGCAGGAGAUCCGCAUGGAGCGGCUGGAUUUGUUUUCCACGGCCUUCUUUCUGGCCCUGAACUCGGAAAAGCUGCAGAGCCAGGAGCUGGAUCCUGUGCAAAAGUAUCGCACUAGUAUAAAUUGCAAUACAAAUUAGCUCAGCAUGACAAAUUAAAUUUGUGAUGCGGAUUCGCCUUAAGAAAAAGAUCUGUAAUGCGUAAAAGCAAUACAGUACGAGUAUCGGAUACUUUUGCACAGAAUAAACUGCCCGUGCCACUGCUCGAAGACUACCGCAUGCAGAUUCGGAGGCUAGAGCAAAGUAUCAAAUGCAAAAAUGUCUGGGUCUGGAAUAAUGCAAGGUUUGUCAUGCAUAUUUCUCGUGACCCUGACCCAUGAUUGUCUGUGAUGUAUGCCCUAGCAUCACAGAUUUAUAGAACCCCUUCCUGCUGCACCUUCCGCAUGAGAAAUGCCCUGUCCGUGUAGCACAAACUGCACCCCUCUUGCUGGUCAUGCAGUACAAAUUUUUCUAGAGUCCAAAAACAGCAUGACAAGUUGCAAUCUUCCAGACCCAGACACUUUUGCAGUUGAUACAAAGCCGGGGGGCGGGCGGCAGGAACGUGACCCAGAGUGUGAGUACUGGUGUAUUAGCCGCAUCUGGUACUACAAGAACGUCACGCGCUUUGUCGACAAGACCGCAAGCAGGAGACCCUCGUCCACAAGUAAACAAAUACCGAAAUCACGAGGCCUACAUCCGCAGCUUCAAGACCCGUGCUGGGGAGGCCCCGCACCCGCCGCCGUCGGAGCUGUUUCAGAACGAGACGGAGCGUAUGCAUUUUUGCAAAAGCAUCUUCGCGGCGCAAGUAGGAAUUGCAUAACAAUAGAUCAUUUUGGGGAGGAAGAAAGAAGUGGAAUUUGUAAAAUGUGUAAUGCUAUUUAUUCAGGUUACUUUGAAAGAUAUUUGUCAUGCAGAACUGCUAGUACUGCAAUUCCAAUUUUCACACGAGACGAAUCUGAUACUUUUGCAGCCUAUAGAGCGAAUUAUCUACCAGCGGGUGACCAGGUUUUCGCCGCUGGCGCGCACGCGCGACCAGAUCUUCGCCGACAGACAGCAACCAAAGCCGGUCCGCGACGCACACGACGCCGAAGCCAAGUGGGUGACUGCGGUGUACGACCGGCACGAUAAUGGACACGACGGACCCGGGCUGGCGGAUCGCGAAUUCGGGAAAAACAUGUUCGAAAGGAUUCUAAGACCACAGGAGCAGCAGGAGAACAAAGUAGUAUACGAUCAAGAAACUCCUGCAGCCCGUGCACACGACGAGAAGUUGCACAGGGAUGAAAGAACAACUCGUCCCCCUGCUAGUGCCACGCCAUUGAUUCCUUUUGACGAUUCUGAUUACCACUCGCACAAGCUGGUGGGCGGCUUGAUGCCGGGGUUCCACCGCGCGUUCCCGGGCUUGCGAUUGAAGCCCAAAUUCCACUACUUUCGGCACCAUGUGAAGCAGGAGUUCUUCGCACGUAUCGUCACCGGCCAGGUCGGGCGCUCGACCGUGGACCUGCGGGCGCAGCCGCAGUUCCUGAACCUUCGGCGAUUCGAGACGCGGUGGAAGCGGGUCCUAUAUGUUCUGGACAAUUUCGUGGUCUUUCAGAGGACCAGUUCUACGGGAGGGGCUGGAGAAGAGGUGGUCCAUCAGGAAGAACAGAAUGUUGACAUAGGAACUUCAAAAUCACCUGCAGCUGCUACGUCGGCUCCACGCUCUUCGACGUCCCGGACCAUUUCCACUAGGCUGCACCAAACAUCUGCAGGAACUAAAAGCGACAUGAACACGAAGAUGGCCCUGGUUUUUAUCGAGCAAGUGCUGUCCAGCACAUGGCCCCUGUUCGGGUGGAUCGC